AUGAAGCCACGGUCUGGUAAAAUUGGACUAUUGAGGAAGCUACGAGAGAUAAUCAAACCGUCCACUACCUCACUUUUGGAACCAAAAGUAAUACAAAAUACAUGUGGUCGACCCUCAUUGAGAAAGAAGGAUAAAUCGACUCGUAGAGAUCCCUCUGCAUUUGAUUAUGUGGAAGCUUCUUUGAAGACUUCAUAUGUACCUCAUCGUCAUAGUUGUUCAUCAAUUGGCAUUGGAUCAUCAACUAUAUCAAGAAGAGGACGACCAGUUCCAUCACCAAUUUAUGUCAACCAAUUUCCUCUAAUAUUGAGAAGAUACGUCGUGAAUGUCAUCGAUGUAACAGCUGACGGUAAUUGUGGGUUUAGAGCUAUUGCUGGCUUGUUAGGUCUUGAAGGAGGUGAAUUUGCUUGGUCUUCUGUUAGGUGUGAUUUAAUGGAAGAGGUAAGGACAUUUUGGGAAGAGUACGUAUCUUUGUUUGGCAGUUAUGAGCGGGCAUGCUAUAUUCACAACGCGCUUGUAUUUUUCGAGACAAAUAAACCAGCACCAAUGGACUGUUGGAUGAAUAUGCCUGAUAUGGGACACCUUAUCGCAUCAAGGUACAACAUCAUCUUGCAUCUCAUAAGCGAUGUACAAUCUUUAACUUUUUUACCAUUGCGAUCAAUCCCACCUCCACAUGCAGAACAUAGGGCCAUCACUAUUGGAUAUGUGAAUGGUAACCACUUUGUUCAGGUAUUUAUGAGUGGAAAUUAUCCGAUGCCCCCUAUUAUGAUCCAGUGGUUUUCAUACAAGUAUGAUUGUGCAACAGCAUGGGCGACACCAUAUAAGAAACAACUCCGUGAUUAUGAGAAACUUGUUCAUUCGAUAAAUGUACCUCAAUCCAUUGUAGACAUAACAUCUGAUUAA